AUGGACAACAUCGACGAAGAAUAUGAGCGGCUCGUUGAACACCUUCACGACUGCGCGAACAAGGCUGAGAGUUCUAAAACCACCAAGAGACGCUUGUCUCUUGAAACUCUUGAGCUGAUACGCCAACGUGGAGCUGCACGAGCUGCAGGGAACCAAGAACUCACGUCCGAGCUCGCAAGGCCUUGCAGAGAGGCGAUAAAGGAAGACCUUGAAGAGAGAAGAGCAGAAGUGCUGGCUGAAGCUGCAGAGGCGGGGAAAAGCAUCCGCUAUGCCCGCCGAGACGUCGCCAGUCGCAAGACGAGGAUGACUGCUCUCCGGAACCCAAAGGGAACAACCUUUGCAUUGAGAAGGGUGAUGGAGAAAAUCAUCUACGACUUCUAUUCUGAUCUCUUCCACUUGCCUCCUCACCAUCUAAGGGAAGACGGACAUGUCAUUCCAGGGAAUAAGACCAGAACACCUGAAGAACCUUCCGCCACUAUUCAUCAACAUCCUGGCGAGGCUCUUUACACGUUACCUUUGCAAAUGCAAGGUUCUGAAGUUCACGAAUGCAAGGUUCCUAAACAGUGGAAGACCAGCAAGACCGUGUUUUUGUACAAAAAGGGAGAUUCACAUGACAUCGGCAACUAUCGUCCAAUCUGCUUGCUAUCCGUCAUCUACAGGCUCUUUACAAGAGUGAUCCUUAAUAAGAUUGAGAAAGUAUUGGAUGAAGGACAGCCAUGCGAGCAAGCAGGGUUUCGAAAAGGAUUCAGCACGAUUGACCACAUUCACACUGUUUCAAAACUCAUCGAGGUAUCACGAGAGUACAAGACACCGCUCUGUCUCACCUUCAUCGACUUAAAGAAGGCCUUCGACUCAGUUGAGACGGAAGCGGUCGUGGAAGCCUUGGACAACCAAGGCUUCCCCACUCAGUACAUAAAGGUACUUCGAGAGUUGUACAGUAACUUCACUACCGGAAUUUCGUCAUUCUACAAGAAUAUCAUCAUUGACGUGAAGAGGGGGGUCCGACAGGGUGAUAUAAUCUCACCCAAAAUAUUCACAGUCACCCUCGAGAACGCAAUGCGAAAGUUGGAAUGGGACGACAUGGGAGUGAAGAUUGGUGGUCGGCAGCUACACCAUUUGCGCUUCGCUGAUGACAUCGUACUGAUAACACCCAGCAUCAGCCAAGCGGAACGAAUACUGACCGAAUUCGACGAAACAUGUGGAUGCAUCGGUCUUCAGCUGAACCUACAAAAGACGAUGUUCAUGCGCAACGGAUGGAUCUCGGAUGCUCCAUUCACGCUCAACGGAACGAACAUAUCCGAAUGCACCUACUACGUUUAUCUGGGUCGGGAAUUGAACAUGAUGACCCCGAGCUGGGCAGGAGGAGACGAGCGGCUUGGGGAGCGUACAACAGCAUCGAGGAUGUAG